AUGUUGAAUGCUCCAACGAUUCCGCAGCGUGUGAGGUUGUAUCGGUUGGACAACAGCUCACUCUCGGUGCGAUGGGAUUGUCCCGCAUCCUUGGAUGGUUUGCCAAACUCUUCUUGUGCUUGCGACCCAUGCGGGUCUGCAAGAGGCUUCAGCUUGACUCUAUACGUGGGGACCGGCAAAGGAAGUAUGCGCUGUGAGGGGUUGGCUACUGAGAAUUGUUCGACGGUACAACUGACCUUGAAUGUCACGGAAUAUGUCUUCGAUUCUUUGCUAGACACUACGCUUUACGAGGUAUCAUUAUUUGCGUUUCAUGAGACAAGAGUUGGAGCCAAGUUCUCCGUCGGCCCGUUCACCAUCAACCCUAAUCCUCCCUACCAGCCAAUGCUCUCGCAGUAUGGCGUGUCUUUAUUGCAGUUGGCAUGGAGUAGGCCAUUGUUUCUCGAAGAGCCCUCGCACUUCAUGUUGCAGUUUGCAGACAGUGAAAGUUCGUUUGACCCGGGAAUGCUCGCGUUGAGAUGUUACACGACCAGAGGAAUUUUCCUUCCGGAGGGAUGUCGCACGUGCGGGGUUGAAAUAUGUCCCGCUGGAGAUUCCUGUGUGAGCAUUCAGAGCGUAUCACGACAGGGAGAAUCGCACCUUCUCCAUGGAUGCUCGUCAUCCAAGGAGAUUCAAAACUUCCGCGAAAUGUGCAAACAAAAUUUAUAUUCUUUCAACGACACGGUGUGCAAUUCAAGUCUAUGUAAUUCUAUCUCUCCCAAUCAAGCUAUCCUGGACUCUUGUAAUGUUUCAACAAACGACACUUACUGUAAAUUCGAUCCAAAUUCAUUCAUUGUAUCCUACGACCCGAAAACCUUCUUGGACAGCAAGGGCGUUUCGUCGGGUGGUUUCAUCAGGCAAUAUAACCUAUCCAACGCAACUUUUCAUAUGUUCUUUGGGAACUCUUACGGCAGCAACCUGGACGGUGUCGUGAGCUGCAAUCUCAAGUUAGGCAAACAGUAUUUUUUUAGGGUCUUUGCAUGCUACCCGAAUCUGGGAUGUUUCGGUUCUAGAGUAGAAAGUGCUUCGCUGGCAACUCGAACAUACAACGUUUCUACUCGCUGGUCGAACUUAUUGGUGGACUCAGAGACCAAGUUUUCAUUCUUUCUGAAAGAUUUGUUCGUCGUUUCGAAAAUUCGGCUCGAAUUUCCUGUCGGUUUACAGUUUUUCUGGUUCAGGCUGUUGGAACUAUCGGAUCUAUGUCUGUCGGAUUCGAAUCUCUUCUUUACUGCGAAUGUGGACGGAACCGAAACUGGUGCAAAGAAUAUCUCUUGUUCAAACAUGAUGAUGGACGAUAAUUGCUCCAUGACUCCUUCCUCCAACUUGUCAUCUCCCAGAAGUUUUGCGAUAGAGAUCAACUACGUCAAGAGGUACAGUGAUCUGAGACCUUUCAAUCUUUCCUUUGCCGUAUGUGGCUUUCUGAAUCCCAGGAGCUCGCAACUUCUUGAUCCUUUUUCUUUCACCAUCUUUGAUCAGACUUCUAAGAUCGUUGGACGGGGCAGGUCAAGUGGGGAGCUGAGGGUUUGGCCGCGGAAUUUGACAUGUCAGUUGCAUUUUGACAAUCCUAUAGUGAACGAGACGGGUUCUAUGUGGGUUACAAUCACCAAACCUGAUCUGAGAGCUAACGAGACGUUCUCGAUCUACUUUCCUACUGGUUUCAAUGCUCGAGGGGCUUUCGCCAACAACACAAAUGCCUUAGAGCUGGUUGAGGCUAACGAUGGUCACGUCAGCCUCAAGGUGUCAAAGGACAUUCAGUCCGACCUUCCCUUCUCGUUCGCAUUGUUUGACAUCCGUAACAGUCUGUGCACUGGAUAUGCUGGAGACUUUCAAGUCAUUCUGCAUGAGCACACGUACAGCAAAACGUCAGUGGAUGGGAUAGUGUCUUGGAACCUGAGCGUUUCCGGGCCAUUCCUGCAUCAGAACUGUUUCGAAACUUCUCCUAGCAUCCUCUUGCCUUUUGCUCGGAACAAUUUCUCCCUAUUGAUCGAUGCCUGCAAGUUGAGUCGAUGCUGCGGCAAUCAGUCGCUGCGAGUUCGUUACCCUGGGAACUCCUCACAGAGUGACUGGAGCUUGACACAGAUCCCUUGCGACGGCGACACUGCUGUCAUGAUGAAUGUGUACAACUUUACAAACUUCGACCCUAGACUGGAAGGUCGACAGCUCAUGACAGAAGUUCUUCCAUCUCUCUCUUGCGGCUCAGAAGCUGUUCUCUGUCAGGAUGUGCAGCUGCAGAUGGAAGAGAGUUGCUGCAUCAACGUCUCAGCUGCUCUCACUCCAGCCAUGGAGCCCUCGCUCAUCCAUGCUCACGUUAGCGGGCGCAUCAGCCAACCAGUCCAGCCAUCCUCCAUCAUCCUCAUAGAGUCUCUCAGCCCGCUCUUGUUCCUCGGACAGACCGAGGUCGUUCUUCACAUCGACGGUCAACCGCAGACUUGUCAAAGUUCCAACGUCUCUUCCCAGCUCCUCAGCUUGCAGUGCACUUUCUUAGGUUCCAUCGAGGCUGAUUCAUGGUUUCAGCUAGACCUGAGGUACCUUCAGAAGGAGUCAUGUCAGGAUUCCUUUCAAUUCGCAAUCUCCUUCGACAACCACCAGCUCAACACCAGGCUGAAGGUUGUUUUCGAUGCUCUGCUCCUUCCUCCCGCUGUUGUGCAGGGCAACUUCUCUUUGAGCCACAAAGGAACUUUGGACGCUUGUCAGCGACCUGUUUCCCGUCCGCUCGUGGGCAACUCUGCCCAUGCCAGUUUGCAGGUUGACCUCAAGUUCAACCAGACGAUUCCGAUCGGAACCAAGGUUGUGAUCCGACUUGACAACGUCACCAUUGGCAACGUCUCAGUCAACAACAUCACCAGCUCUUUUGAGGUUCAGGUAAGUCUGGCGGGUCCAACGGCCUCCUUGACGCUGCUCGACGUGCCAAGAGGUGAAGGCGUCACGAGCUUCCUGUCAGUCUUGAUGGACGUCCAUGUUUCGCUGCUCGCUGGUCGUUUCGCGGGUCUGGACCGGCUGAUGCUCGUUGACAUUGUUUACGAUCAACUUUGUCCUUCUCGCUUCACCAACUUCCAGUCUUCCUCCCUCGACAACUUCGUGCCUGUCGACCCCCACGCGAGCGAGCAGUCUCCUUCUACUAGAGGCCUACUGAGCAUGGAAGCUAGCUUCCAGGUUACCAACGCUUCGGCUGGGGAUACCAGGACGGUUGGUGUUAGGGAUUGA